CCUACUUUAUUGAGAGCAGUCACAACAAAGCUCCAUGAACAACAACACACGUGAAAAUAUUUGCUGUGCUGAGAAAGAUCAAUAAUUCCAACAUGAACAUUGUUUGGAGCUUCAUCUUUUCUCUGCCGCUCAUUAAUCUGCGCGGAGCUCUGUUUUCUGCUGUUUCGGCCACUGAUCUCGAGGAGUCAUUAGAGCACUCUCAUUUGCCAGAGGACCAUAUAUUGAACGAGACUACUAUUCUCUCGGAGUUUCACACAGGCGAACACAAUGACAAUUUAUUUGGUGUUGGAAAAGAAGAAGAUCCACAAUCGGACAGUGCCGAAUCGAUGGUUGAAGUUGAAGUAUUUAAAGAACUCCCUGAGGACCAUCCAAAGCUAGCCGAGUUUUUGCUUGGUACUGCUGGCCAUAGCGAUGGACUUGCUGAAAGCCCUGCCAAGGAAAACGUUUUUCACCACGGAAGCCACAUCCACUUCAACCCGUCCCGUUCCAACGAUCUCUUGUUAGACGAGAGAGCCCACCACUUGGCUUCGGUUUCUAAAGAACAAACGCGUCUCGAGAAGCAACUAAUGGAGGAGUCUGCGGAUUGCCUGGCAGUGCGUCGAGUGGCUGCUCAAACUAUUGCAGAUCUGCAGUCCAACGUUUCUGGGCUCGAGAUGAAACUCGAGGUAAUGAAAAUGGCACGCCACCAGGCCGUGGAACAGUAUCAAAUUAUGCUGUACGACUUUGUCGAGUGCCAGAAAAGGAUGUCCAUAUCAAACUAUGUGAAAAACGAGUCGCUGAAAAUGACAAGGAAACUGAAUGACAGCGUCACCUAUUUUAAAAAGAUAUUUGCGCAGUGCGUGAGGAAGGGCAUCGAUCUGUCUAUGAACGUUGAAAGCCUUGCAGGAAGGCUCGAACAAUCGGAGACUCAAUUGACCUCCACCUUAAAAAUGCUUAAUUACAUGAAUCAAAACAUGACAAAAUCAAAUAAAGAAAAUGAAUUUUUGAAAUCAAAACUGAAUGACAAAAUUUCCGAAGUGAACAGAGUAGAAGACGAGCUGAACGUUUUGAGGAACAAACUAGCUAACUUGCAAAGUUUACCUUCUGGUGACGUUGGUGACGAGGAAGCAAAUAGCGCAAAGCUGAAGCACGACGGAGACACGGGUGCCGUAAACACCGAGCUAAAACGCCAAAUCGACUUGAUGAUUGCGAGAAGCGAAGAACAGAAAAAAGAAUACGAAGAUAUGGGCCAAGUUUUGAGAGACGAGCUGCGCGAAUGUGAGCAACAACGGGGAACAGAAACAAAUAAAACAACAAAGGCAGACCACAACCAUCUUUGCUCUGACGCGCGAAUAGACGCCGCCUACAACCUCGACAGCCGCACCGUCAUUAUUUUCAAAGGCGGAUACUUCUGGGUUCUGGAGAAGGGAGAACAAGGAGACAUAUCCAUCAGCGCAGCGCAGCUCAUAAAUUCCACCUUUGAAAGAGGCCCUCCCAGAGUUGAUGCCGCUUUUAAGGAUGAUAUUACCGACCAGAUUUAUUUAUUUCACGGUGUUCACUAUUGGCAAUAUAUAGGCUCCAAUGAAAAAUUAGAGGAAGACUCUCCAAAAUUAAUUGCCAACGGAAGAUUUUCUGGGGUUCCAAACAAUGUCGACGCUGCUUUUGUCUGGAAGGAGAAUGGCCACCUGUACUUUACCAAGGGUGAUUUUAUUUGGAGAUCUGAAGAUGACAAAUUUAGAAGAUACGAAAUAAAAGAUGAAUUUGCUCUCAUGCGACUAACAAAUAAAAUACUUGACGCUGUUUUCGAGUUGGAUGGCAGCACCAUAUUUGUAACAGAUGAUUUAUAUUUUCGCUACGACGAUAGCAAUCAUAUGGCAAGUAGUAACGUACCUUAA